CUCCUCUGUUCUCAGCACCAUGUCAAACGUCACAGAGUCCAUAUAUUCUAUAGAAAGAGGUUCUGUGCCAUUCAUCCUGGACUCCUGAAGGGGGGUACGCUUGUUUUUAUCCGGUGCAGGAGAUGGCAAACUUUUUCUGAUGGUUUCAGCGCAGCUUUUGUAGGGUUUCCCGUUUUCUUCUGCAGGAUCUGGAACGGGAUCAACUUGAAAACCAAUCCGGUAACUCUGGGAUUAUCAUCGUCAGGGAUUAUUUUAAGGGGAGAAUAUGGCUGUGGGUUACGUCUACGCGCUGUGCGUCUGGAUAGGUUUGCUGCAUCCAUCGCUUGAAACCGGGUUUGUUUAUCGGUUUCCGGGGAUCACCGUGCAGCGGCACCGCAUCCAUCCCGAGCAGAGCACCGGUACCGGGUCGCCGGGAACCGGCUCCUCACAUAGGAACUGGUGUCAGUACACUGUUUCCAGGACAGUGACCUGUAAAGUGCACAAUGGGACUGAAACCACGGUGCAGAGGGUGAUGCAGGGCUGCCGGUGGCCUGGACCAUGCUCCAAAGUCAUCAGCUACAGAACCAUAAUCAAGCCAUCGUUUAAGAUUAUGUACAAGCAGAUCACAGCACUGGAGUGGAGGUGCUGCCCUGGUUUUGUGGGACUGGAGUGUCGUGAAGAAUGCAUGAACUGCACCAGUUUUAACGACAUGAGCAGCAGAAUAAAUGCCAUUGAAUCAAAGAUCAAACUAUUGGAGGAGGGUCGAUCAUCUUCGCCUGAAGCCAAAUUACCAGAUGGAUCGACAGGAAACGAGGUGGACACUCGUCGACCCACCUCACCACCGUACCUGCCACAAGUACCAGGAGCUAGGGGGGCACCGGGACCUGUUGGACCACCAGGACCUGCUGGACCAAGAGGAAUUCCAGGUCCUCCUGGAAGAACAGGAGAAAAGGGGGACAGAGGUCUCCCAGGUGAGACCGGUCGCCCCGGUCCUCCAGGUCUUCCUGGUCCACCAGGUCCUCCAGCGUCUGGUUCCUUUCCUUUACCUAUUCGGGGAGAUGUUUUUCAUCCAGAGAUGGAUCCCAACCAUCCAGUCCUCGCUGCUCCACAGAUCAGAGCUGGUCCCCCUGGACCAGCUGGUCCUGUCGGCCCCUCGGGGCCCCCUGGAGAAAGGGGACCAGCAGGGAUACCAGGUCUUCCAGGACAGAUGGGUAGGGAAGGUGUCCCAGGCAGACUGGGAAAUCCUGGACCUAAAGGAGAUCCAGGGGAAAGGGGGCCCCCCGGUGCCAGAGGCGAGCAGGGCCUACCUGGAUCACUGGGGCAAAAGGGAGAGCCUGGGUCGGGCUUGAGUGAGGGGGAAGCAGUGCAGCAGCUCCGAGAAGCCCUGAAGAUUCUGGCAGAGAGGGUCCUGAUCCUGGAGCACAUGAUUGGGAUUCACGAGAACUCUGAGGGAUCUGGAUUCGACAGCCUUUCAGACCCGCUGAGUUUCUUUGGCCUGAAGACAAAGCGUCGUCAACCCAUUCAAAGCUUUCCUCAGAUUCCAGACCUGAACGGGCAGAGAAGGCUCCCUCUAUAAUGUUACUGUGUCAUUUUUCAUUUGUUUGAACGAUUGUAAAAAAAUUUUGCCUUUUUUUUUUUAAACUGGGGG